CGAAAGAGCAGUUCCCAUCCCAUCCAGUUUCAGCUAGCAACACGUCACAAACACACAAACUAGCUAUAGCAGGUUGUCACUGAUCAUGACGAUGGCCGCACGCCUGAUGCUGGUGGCGGCGCUGCUGUGCGCGGCGGCCGCGGCCGCCACGGCGCAGCAGGCGACCAACGUGCGGGCGACGUACCACUACUACCGGCCGGCGCAGAACAACUGGGACCUGGGCGCGCCCGCGGUGAGCGCCUACUGCGCGACCUGGGACGCCAGCAAGCCGCUGUCGUGGCGGUCCAAGUACGGGUGGACGGCGUUCUGCGGCCCCGCCGGCGCCCACGGGCAGGCGGCGUGCGGCAAGUGCCUCCGGGUGACGAACCCGGCGACGGGGGCGCAGAUCACGGCGAGGAUCGUCGACCAGUGCGCCAACGGCGGGCUGGACCUGGACUGGGACACCGUCUUCACCAAGAUCGACACCAACGGGAUCGGGUACCAGCAGGGCCACCUCAACGUCAACUACCAGUUCGUCGACUGCCGCGACUAGAUUAUGUAUCCGUCGAUCAAAGGCUAGCUUGCUAUGAUAAGAAUAAGAGGCUAGCUUAGCUACGAGUGAGCUCAGACUGGUCGAUGCUGUUGAAUAAAAGCUAGCACGUGAUGCUGCAUUGUAUACGUGUAUACAAUACGUACAUGGAAUGAAAUAAAGUGGAUCAAAUCAAACGGGUUAUA